UAUUCCUUAAUUUAUUUAUUUAUGUCUAUAGAUCAGAGUGUGCUGAUUAUUGGUGCCGGUCCCAGUGGCAUGGACAUUACAAAUCACAUUCGCAAGGAGGCCAGGCAUGUGUACCUGAGUCAUCAUCUCCCAACCGCGCCCAACACCGGCUUUAUGGGCAAUGUAACGCAAAAGCCGGACGUAGAACGUCUAACGAAAAAUGGGGCCAUUUUUAAGGAUGGCAGCGAGGAGAGCUUCGAUCACGUGGUCUACUGCACCGGGUAUAAGUAUAGUUUUCCCUGUCUCAGCACCGAUGUUGGCAUUCAGGUGAUCGAUAACUUUGUGCAGCCACUGUGGAAGCACUGCAUCAACAUCAACAACCCCACAAUGUCGUUCAUUGGGCUACCCUUUAAUGUGAUACCCACGCACAUAUUCGAUAUGCAGGUGCGCUUCACACUCAAGUUUUACACGGGACAGCGCCAGCUGCCCACAAAAGAGCAGAUGAUCGCCGACCUGGAGAAGGAGCAGGGCGAGCGCUGGGACUGCGGCUUUGUCAAUCGUAAAAAGGCCCAUCAAAUGGGCGAACGACAGUUCGAUUACUAUAACGAGUUGGCCAAUAUGACGGGCAUUGAGAAUAUAAAACCCGUUAUUUUAAAGCUAAUGAAGGAUUGUGGCAAGAAAUAUAUAUUUGAGCUGGACACGUACCGCAACAAUCGGUAUACGGUUAUAGACGAUGAGCACUUUACCAAGCGCGCUCUAUGACGAACUUGUAUUGUAUUUUGUAUGUUUGUAAUUUAGUUUAUUUUGCAUUUAAUUAUAAAAUAAUAAAUA